UAUUGUAGUAAAGGGCUUUAUUUUACAUAGAAGAAGAGAUCCCGUGCCCUUCACAACAGCAAACAUGGCGACUGCUACAAAAAUCAUCCAGAGGCUUCGAAAUUUCCUUUCUGGGCACGACCUGCAAGCCAAACUGCAGCUGAGGUAUGACGAGAUCGCAAAGAGGACACAGCCACCGCCCAAGCUACCUGUAGGACCGAGCCACAAGUAUGCCAGCAACUAUUACUUCACCAGAGAUGGGCGUAGAGAGUCGGUACCAGCCACUGUUGUCAUGUCUUCACAAAAGGCUAUCACAGCUGGCAGUCAAGUUGCUGAAGCCCCAAAAGCCCCAGUGACCCCGGGUCCUGUGUAUAAGGAGCCCUCUCUCUCCACAGACCAGCCAUACCUCUGAGCAGCAGGACUGAGAGCAUUCAGCAUGAACAACCCCUUUUCUCCGUCUAGACCUGCCGCAGAGGCCUGACCACUUCGUGUGUUGGUUGUAUCCUGUAAAAUAGAAAAUGUGAAUAAAAUGUCUUCUAUUUAA